GCCGCCAUUGAAAUUAUCAAAGUCACAACAUAUCGAGGCAAAAGAAUCACGUACUCAUUCAUUUAUUUGUGUCAGACACGCUGGUGCGAUAACAGUUUAUUGUUAUACCUUCUCGUACUAGAUUAUAAUAAACUUUAUAAAUAUUGUAUUGUUGUGAAUAAAAAACGUGCCAUUUUCACUUUUUCAAAUCACAGUUUUAAACAAAGAAUCUAAUUUUUUUUUUUUUUUUUUUUAUGUACUUGUAUUAAAAUUAUUUGAUGCAAUGGAAAGGCAUGAUGUUAUGGUUUGUAAACAAAAAACUAUUUUUGAAUGGAAAAUAGGUGAGUUUCCUUUAACUAUAAAAUAUUCCGUGAUCAAUCAAGACGCUCAUACAAUCCUCUCACCGGACUUUCCAACUGAUUGGAAAUCCAAAUGGCAAUUAGAAUUGAAGUUUAAUAAUGAUAAAACGUCGGAAGACAAAGAAUGGAUAUCAAUAUUUCUAAACUCAAGAUCUGGUGGUGAUUACGACAUAUUUGGAGUCAAAUAUUCGCUCUUCAUUUUUGAUAAUAAAAACGAAAAAAAGUUUAAACAAAAGUCAUACAAGGUUUUCAACAGAGAUGAAAAGUUUUGUAUUCUGAAGUUUCUUAAUGUAAAACAAUUAUUAGAAAAAAGAGAUAAAUUGUUACCUGAUAAAGCAUUGACAAUAUGCAUUAAGCUUACUAAGUUCACUAAACGUUCUUCUCAUAUUUCAGCCAUAAUUAAGAUUCCAUUGAAAACUUCAAAUCAUCAAAUUGCCCACGAUUUGAAAGAUCUUUUUGAUAGCAAAGCAGGAAGUGAUGUUGUUCUAAUUGUGGGUGAUAAGAAAAUUCCAGCUCACAAAACUUUGCUAAUGUCUCGAAGCCCCGUAUUUUUUGCAAUGUUUACACAUAAGCUGAAAGAAAACAGAGAAAAUGAAGUAGACAUUCCUGAUAUUGAUCCUGAUACAUGUGAGAAACUGUUAGAAUUUAUUUAUACGGACAACGUGACUAAUCUCGAUGAAAUUUAUGAACGUUUAUUCGUAGUAGCAGAUAAAUAUCAGAUACCAGCUCUUAAAGAGUUAUGUGCAGAAUCAUUCUGUAAAAAUGUAAAUGUUGUAAAUGCCGUUCAAUAUCUUGUUUUACUUGACCGUCAUCAUGCUGAUGAACGAUUUUUUAAGUAUAUCAUGGAUUUCAUUGAAAUCAAUUUCGAGUACAUUAUCAAAACCCCCGCAUAUAAAGCCUUCGAAAAAUAUAAUCCAAAAAUGUCAUUAGCUCUACUAACGGCAAUUAACAUCCACUUAUAAAAAUGGGAUCAACAUCAUGGUGAUUCAAUACAGCAACAUAAACUGAAUAUUUUUAAAUAUAUUAUUAUCAAUUAUAAUCCAUAAAUUUGACCUUAAUUUUAAUCUUACUUCUACUUUUUUAUCAUUACUUUCAUUUUAAUAAUACAAUGGACCAUGAUGAUAUCAAUUAUACCAAUACAUUCAUUAACAUCUGCUGGCUUAUGUUUAUAAAACCGUAUUCUAUAAGAGAAAUUAUUGUUUUGUGUUCAUAAGUUUUUAAUAAAUUCUGAUACAUCAAAAAUAAAUUAUAACUAUCAAUAAAUUUGAUUGAAGAACAAGUUUUU